GACUUUGGGUUAUAGUCAUACCUCGUUAAUAUUAACAUACUGUCAAGGUUGUCAUAGCACCGACGAAAUAUGAGCAAAGCAAGUAAUUAUGAAAUGCUCCAUUGCGAAAGGUGACUUUAACAAUAAACUUUAAAAUAAAUCAUUUUUGAUAAAGUACCCAUAUUAUACUAAACAUAUUGAGUGUUGUGGUAAUUAAAUAGACCAGUGGUAUCUCAUAAAAUUAAUUACCAAAUAACUUCAGUGACAGAAUCAGUUAGGUUAUAGUAAUAGAAAAGUUCUUGUGAUUGAAUUUGGAAUUCAAAGGCCGUUAUGCGCGCUCGCGGCAAGUGGGUGGUGCUGUGGGCGCUGUGGGCGGCGCGGCUGGUGCGGCAGCCGACGCCGCCGGUGCGCGUGAGCGGCGGCUGGCUGCGCGGCUCCGUCUCUCCCGACGGCUCGCACGCGCGUUAUCUCGCCAUUCCCUACGCCACUGUACAACAGCGAUUUCAGGCACCCGGUCCUGAGCCCAAAUGGGAUGGAGUAUUUGAAGCGAUUGACGACCACAUACGCUGUACACAAACGUGGUCUCUCGGGUCAAAAUACACGAACGGCCAGGAAGAUUGCUUGAUUCUCAAUGUUUACACACCUUUGUACACAAAUAAUGAACCAGAAAAACCUUUGCCAGUCAUGGUCUUUAUCCAUGGAGGAGCAUUUUUCCGACGGUCAGCGUCAAGGUUCGUGUAUGGUCCAGACUAUUUAAUAAGUAAAGGAGUUGUGCUAGUCACUUUCAACUACAGGCUACAUGUUCAAGGGUUUUUGUGCUUGGGCAUCAAGGAAGCCCCAGGGAACGCAGGCAUGAAAGACCAAGUAGCAGCGUUGAAGUGGGUACAAAGGAACAUCAGGGCGUUCGGCGGUGACCCUGAUAAUGUAACCAUUUUUGGCGAGAGUGCUGGAGGAGCUUCUGUCGCUUUGCACGUCCUUUCGCCAAUGUCCAAGGGCCUCUUCCAUAAAGCUAUCGCGCAAAGUGGCUCUGCUCUGUCAGGUUUUGUCUUCCAAUUCGAUCAAGUCCUUCAGGCCAGUUUGCAUGCCAAAGCAAUGGGUCUUGAUAGCGAAGAUCCUCAUGAAAUACAUAAGUUUUUUAUGAACAGUAGUGAUUCAGAUUUGGUCGUAGCAAAAGUGCCAAGAUUAGAAGGCACUACAAUAAUGUUAUCAGAAAUACAAUUCUCGCCGUGUGCUGAGAAAAUUAUAGAAGGAGAAGAACCUUUUUUGACAGAUUUGCCUUACAAUAUCUUAGUUGAUGGAAAAUACAAUAAAGUGCCUAUGAUUAUAGGAUCUAAUACAGAAGAAGGAUUGUUAUUUGCUGGUAUGGAGAACACACAUUAUUUAGACAAAGUCGAUUACGAAAUGGUGUUUCCAAAAGACUUGGAAUUUCCAUCUGACGAAGUACGGAAAGAUGUAGCUCAAAAAGUGAAAAAACUGUACAUGGGUGAAAACGAGAUAUCAGCAAAGACCAUACCACAGAUAUCCAAAUUAUACGGGGAGCCAUUUAAUAACUACCCUCCGGUAGAAGAAACGAAUCUCAUAAUGCAGACGAGUGAGCAGCCAGUGUGGCAUUACCUAUUUGGUUAUGAGGGUAGAAGGAACAUAUUGAAGCUGAGUGUCGGCUCUCAUAACGCGAGUGGCGCCACACAUGGAGACGAGUUAUUUUAUUUAUUUAGUCAAGAAAUCAUACCCACACUCUUUGAAACGGAUAUGAUCCAGAAAAUGACGACGUUAUGGACGAAUUUUGCUAAAUACGGUGAUCCAACGCCAGAAAUCAGUGAGCUAUUACCAGUGAAGUGGUCACCAGUGACUCCAGAUGACCAACGCGCCCUCUACAUUGACAGAGAGAUCAAAACCGUACCUCUAUGGUAUACAGAAUCUCUUAUUUUUUGGAGAGACUUGUACGCAAAGUAUCGAAGAUCAUUAGACUUUUAAGAAUAAUUAAUGAUUAAUUUAUUGUAAAAUAGG